AUGAAUCCGAGUAUGAAACAGAAAUAUGACUCCGAUAAGCCUGCAAUGUCUAUCAAGAACUUCUUUACAGAUAAAACGGAUGCUACUCAAAGGAGGACACUUAAAGUCAUUCAGCCUUCUGCCACUGGUCAACUUGUUGGUCGUGUCAAAGAGCCUGGAAAGAACUCCACCAAAAGGAAGCUGUGGAAUGACCAAGUGACACUGAAAAAAGCAAAGGUGGAAAUCGCUGUGGACCCAGAACAAAGGGAAAAUGCCAACUGUUCGAAUGAAGCUUAUGGGCUCAUGGUUAGAGAAACCCCCUCCAACCAGUACUGGAAGGAGCUUGCAGAAGAAAGGAGAAAAGCACUGUAUGAAGCUUUACAAGAAAAUGAAAAGUUGCACAGAGAAAUUGAACUCAAAGAUGGUGAGAUUUCCCGGCUAAAGCAAGAAAACGAUGAGCUCCUGGAACUGGCAGGACAUGUACAGCACAUGGCUAACCUGAUUGAGAGGCUUACAGGAAGUGCACCACAAAACCUUGAAGACUUGAAAAACCUAGAUUUGGAAGAAGCACGAUGUGAAGAUGAAGCAGAGGAGGACUUUGAAGCAGAGGAGGAUUAUAGUUCAUCAGAUGACGAUGACCUUUAAUUUAAACAUGAAAGGAUAUUACUGACUUUGCAAGUGGCCACUGCAUGGGCCGUGUCCCAGUUACCAAACUUGAAAACUGCCAAUGGUCAGCCAUACUUGUAGCUGGUUUUAUGGAGCUUGUGACGCCUGGACAUGUGACUC